AUGAUCGUCUUAUGGGUUACAUUGUUUUGUCUUCAUGAAGGAUAUUCUCUGGUUCCAGUUAAAACUGUUCAGCUUGGUGAGCCAGUAACCUUGACAUGUGCUAUACCCAAUGAGCUAAGCAUUAGAGGAGUCAACUGGUACAAGCAGAGUGUCGGGGAUACUCUUAAAUUAAUAGUUACACUGUAUAAAUCUACAGCUGAUUAUGGUCCUGGAUUUUCGAGCUUAAGAUUUGGAGUAUACGAUGGUAAGAAUUUUACCAGCUUGACCAUUUUGGAGACAGUUCAAGAGGAUGAGGGACUCUAUCACUGUGCAAACACAGAAUGGAUUGGAACUACAUGGAGUGGGACAUAUUUGUUAGUAAAAGGAAACACUCAGAGGACAUCAAACUAUACAGUCAGUCAGUUGCUGAUAGAAUCAAAUCCAGUCCGUCCAGGAGACACAAUGACGGUCCAGUGUUCGGUCUUCUCUGACUCACUCAACAUGACGUGUCAAGGAGAUCUCAAUAUUCUCUGGUUCAGAGCUGGAUCAGAUAAAUCUCAACCAAACAUCAUCUACACUGACAGAAAUAAAAGUAAUAUAUGUGAGGAAAGAUCUGACCAUCAGAAGACAUGUGUUUAUCGCUUCUCUAAGAAUGUCAGGUUGUCUGAUGCUGGGACUUACUACUGUGCUGUGGCCACAUGCGGGGAGAUAUUAUUUGGAAAUGGAGCUAAACUGGAUAUUCAAGGUAGCUCUAUCAAUCAAUCUUAA